UGGGCGUGAAUGUAUUGGCUGCUGCUGGUUGGAAGGGGCAGACUAUGGAGCCCUCCGUGUGAAGAACCAGCGGGCAAAAGAAAAGGAGCUGCGCACGCGCGUGACUGAGCAAGAAGGCCCCUUUCAGCAACUCAGGGGGGCGCAGGAAGGGGGGGGGGGUCUGUGGGAGACGCUCCUCAGCCUUGUGCCUUGACACUCCGCUUUGAGCGCCCAAGAACAAUGUUGUUUCCCGCCUGCCAAGUUUCCCGUCCAGCACAUCUUUGUUUAAAUGCUUUGAAAUCAACAAAAAAAGAUUGCCUCCUGCCUUUAUGUGCAACAAGAUGGGCUUCUUCUUCCACUGUGCCUCGUAUCACCACCCACUAUACCAUUCAUCCUCGGGACAAAGACAAACGAUGGGAAGGUGUGACUAUGGAAAGAUUUGCUGAAGAAGCAGAUGUUGUUAUAGUUGGGGCAGGCCCUGCAGGACUCUCCUCAGCUAUUCGACUCAAACAAUUAGCUAGUGAACAUGGCAAAGAAAUCCGUGUGUGCCUGGUGGAGAAAGCAGCUCAGCUUGGUGGACAUACGCUUUCUGGGGCUUGCCUGGAACCACGUGCCUUGGAGGAACUUCUCCCAGACUGGAAAGAGCGAGGGGCUCCACUUGAUACUCCAGUUACAGAAGACAAAUUUGGAAUAUUGACAAAAAGCUCUAGAAUUCCAGUUCCCAUUCUUCCAGGCCUUCCAAUGAGUAAUCAUGGGAAUUACAUAGUUCGCCUAGGACACUUUGUGAGCUGGCUUGGAGAACAAGCAGAAGCGCUUGGUGUUGAAAUUUAUCCAGGCUAUGCAGCAGCAGAGGUUCUUUUCCAUGAAGAUGGCAGCGUGAAAGGGAUCGCCACAAAUGAUGUUGGCAUCCAAAAGGAUGGGGCACCUAAGGCUACUUUUGAAAGAGGCUUGGAACUGCAUGCCAAAGUCACAGUAUUUGCAGAAGGUUGUCAUGGUCAUCUUGCAAAGCAAUUGUACAACACAUACAAUCUGAGGGAGAACUGCCAAUCCCAGACUUAUGGCAUUGGACUUAAGGAGCUGUGGCUUAUUGAUGAAAAGAAAUGGAAACCAGGAAGAGUGGAACAUACAGUUGGCUGGCCUUUGGACAGACAUACAUAUGGAGGAUCAUUUCUUUAUCAUUUAAAUGAGGGCGAACCUCUGGUGGCUUUAGGAUUUGUGGUUGGGUUGGAUUAUCAAAAUCCUUUCUUGAGCCCAUUUAAGGAAUUCCAGAGGUGGAAACACCAUCCCAGUGUACAGUCAACUUUAGAUGGUGGAAAGAGGAUUGCGUAUGGUGCCCGAGCUCUUAAUGAAGGUGGUUUCCAGUCCAUACCCAAACUCACCUUCCCUGGUGGAGUCCUUAUUGGAUGCAGUCCAGGUUUCAUGAACGUUCCUAAGAUUAAAGGUACGCACACUGCUAUGAAGAGUGGCAUGCUAGCCUCUGAAGCCAUUUUCAGCCAACUAACUGAUAAAAAUCUCCAAUCAAAAACAAAAGGACUUUAUGUGCCUGAAUAUGAAGACAAUUUGAAAAAGUCAUGGGUAUGGAAAGAACUCUAUGCAGUUAGGAACAUCCGUCCUUCAUGCCACGGAGUCCUGGGAGUAUAUGGAGGAAUGAUCUACACUGGCAUAUUUUAUUGGAUACUAAGAGGAAUGGAGCCUUGGACAUUAAAACACCCAGGGGCAGAUGCAGCACAGCUGAAGCCAGCCAAAGACUGCACACCUAUUGAAUAUCCUAAACCUGAUGGAAAAAUCAGUUUUGACUUGCUGUCAUCAGUGGCUCUUAGUGGUACUAAUCAUGAAGAUGACCAACCACCACAUUUAACUCUGAAGGAUGACAGUGUUCCAGUCAACAGAAAUCUGGCUAUAUAUGAUGGACCAGAGCAACGAUUCUGUCCUGCAGGAGUAUAUGAAUAUGUUCCUGUGGAAACUGGAGAUGGUCUGAGGUUACAGAUAAAUGCUCAGAACUGUGUCCACUGUAAGACAUGUGAUAUCAAAGAUCCAAGCCAAAAUAUUAACUGGGUUGUACCUGAAGGAGGUGGAGGACCUGCUUAUAAUGGAAUGUAGAUCUGAUCAAAACUGACUAAAAACUUCUUGGAGAUACUGCAGAACUGUAAACUUUGGUUUGCUACUCUCAAAGGAGAAGCCAUUAGUGGUCUGAAUAUUCUCUAUGAGGUUAGUAUCUUACUGAAGGCUGCACCUCUGUAACAAAUCCGGGAUCAGCAUGAUCAGGUAAUUCUUGCCUUAUUUGAAUACACUUUUACCGUUUUUGCACACAGCUUACCUCGCAGUCACAAUCCUGUUCCCUCCACAGCGUCUGUCGGAUUUCCCACCAUCUGCGCUGGAGUUACAGGAAGUGCCGCGGCUUUUACGUAGCAAACGUAAACUGGGUUUUAGCGGUUUACGUUUGCUACGCAAAAGCUGCAGCACUUCCUGUAACUUCGGCGCAGAUGGUGGGAAAUCCGACCAGACGCUGCAGAGGGAACAGGAUUGUGGCUGUGAGGUAAGCUGUGUGCGCAAACGGUCUUUAUCAGCAAAAGGGUGUGGGAGGUGGGUAGAAAUAGCUUGGGUAAAUCAGAUGAAAGUGUAUUCAGUCAUUCUAGACUUUGGUCCUAAUAAUGGAUUUAGCCUGUAUUCAAGGAUAUGGAAGUGUACCUCCAAAUGUUCUGUAACAAUUGAUGUCAUAGCUGCAAUGACCUUGAUCUUAAAGAACACAAUACUUCUCAAACAGACUGCAUUUAUUGCAUUAAUGGAACAGAGCAAGGUUGGUGAGUGUAACAUGGUUUUGUUUCAUAAUAAAGAAUAUUUCAUUAUACUCUA